AGCUUUCUCAAGAAACUCAUCAGUCAAUCAUUGUUUUGAGGAAUGAAGGCUAUACAAUGCUUGAAAUUGCCAAAAAACUGAAGAUUUCAUACAAAGGUGUACACUACAGUCUUCAAAGACAAAGGACAACUGGCUCUAACAAGGACAGAAAGAGAUGUGGAAGGCCAGAUGUACAACUAAACAAGAGGAUAAGUACAUCAGAGUCUCUAGUUUGAGAAAUAGACACCUCACAUGUCCUCAGCUGACAGCUUCAUUGAAUUCUACCCGCUCAACACCAGUUUCAUGUGCAACAGUAAAGAGAAGACUCAGGGGUGCAGGCCUUGUGGGAAGAAUUGCAAAGAAAAAGCCACUUUUAAAACAGAAAAACAAAAAGAAAAGGUUAGAGUGGGCAAAGAAACACAGACAUUGGACAACAGACAAUUGGAAAAGAGUGUUAUGGAUCUUAACCCCAUUGAGCAUUUGUGGGAUCAGCUAGACUGUAAGGUGCAUGAGAAGUGCCCGACAAGACAGCCACAUCUAUGGCAAGUGCUACAGGAAGCAUGGGGUGAAAUGUCACCUGAGUAUCUGGUACUCAGAUCUGGUAAUCAGCAUGUGGAGGAUUUUUUGAUGAGAACACUUUGAAAGAAAGAUGAUACGGAGAUCAAGAAUCAGCGUGCGGCCCAAUGUGAAGCCCGCGGGUCGAGCUCUGACAGCUUCUCAAGACGCAUCUUUAGAUAACACUCAGCCUUCCCUGACCCCUGCUGACUCCGCCCCCUCUGUGGGGUCAGAUGUCACGGCUGAGAUGGCCAAGACGGACCCCCCUAUAGUAGCAUCAGAGCAGACCAAUGAGGAAGCUGCUCAGAGAAAUAAACAUGGGAACCACUUGGAGGCCACUAGCCAGGCAGAUGAUGUAGCAUGUAAAACAAAUGAAUCCCAAGCUGCAAAAAGCACUUCCAUGACAUAUGGUCCUCAGAGGAGGAAACGCUUCAUGGCUCUUCCCAACCUGGCCAAACCAAGAGCCUCCCAAGCUUCCACCAGGACUCCAAAGACUCCACUCAAGUCCCCUGUCAAACCCGUAACACCCAUUGAACCUGAAGCAUCAGACCCCAACACAGAGUUGGCCCCACAGCUGCCCUUAGACAUCGAGACUGUCCGCAGCCCCAGGGCUCCUGGAAGACUGAGAACUUCUGGAGGGGCCAGGCAGCCCAAAUCUCAAACCAAACCUGAAGCAUCACUGCAGAACAUCCGUGAGACAGAGACACAAGAGAGUGGAGCAUCAGAGGACACUGUCGUGCAGUUGACCAGCCAGGGAGGGGAGUCCCCUUGUCCCCUUAAAACAUCCCAACCCGAUUCUGUUUUGGUUCAUGAAGACCCUCCAGACUGUCCAGCCCCUUGUGCAGUAGAAGACAAGGCCAGACAAGAGGAGAGUAAUUCUGGGGUUGCCCUGAAUCAAAGGCAGCCUGACCUAUUAAGAGAAAAACUUUCAAAAAGUAAACCGUCUUCUAAGAUUCUCAGAUCUUUAAAAACUCUAAAUGACCCGGCGGACAUGAUCAGGUUGGCCAGGGCUCGGAAACUUAGAGAGCUUCUUAAAAAAGAGAUGAGCAGAAACAAGGGAGAAAAGAAGAAACCCAAGAUGGGAAUCAAAGAACGCAAGGCACGGAAGGAUCACAACAAAAUGACCAUGAGAGAACUGAUCUAUUACCUACCUGCUUCCAACCCAAUGAAGCCUUUGACAGAAGAGGAGCAGAGAGCGUCAGAGAUAGUAUUACCAAACUCUCCUAAACCGACUUCUUCUGAGACUUCAGAUGGUCCACCUGUUCAGGAGGAGGUUGCUGGAGAUGCUGGUUGUGAGGAAGAGGAGGAGACAGAGAGAGUGGAUGAAACUCAGCCAGAGGGAGAAGAGCCUCUACUGGUGCCCAGGGUGAAAGUGGCAGAGGAUGGGUCUCUGAUUAUAGACGAGGAGAGUUUAACAGUCCAGGUUUUAAGAGCAAAAGGACCCAAUCCAGCAGAAGACAGGGAUCCAAUAUUUGAACGUGGUUCCACCACCACCUACUCCAGCUUCAGGAAGGGCUCCUACACCAAACCCUGGUCUAAUGGAGAGACCGAAAUGUUCUAUUUGGCCAUCAGUAUGGUGGGGACAGACUUCUCCAUGAUUGGUCAAUUGUUUCCACACAGAGCUCGCCUGGAGAUUAAGAACAAGUUCAAAAAAGAGGAGAGAAAUAACUCAUGGAGAGUAGACAAAGCUUUCAAGGAGAAGCGACGUUUGGAUGUAGAGUUCUUCAAAAACAUGAUGGAUCAAAUCCUAAAUAAUGAGAAAAUUAAGAAAAACAACAACAAAACACUCACCAAAUUGCAAAGGACAACCCAAAGGAAACCAAGAGUGGCUAAAAGUACGGAUUUGGACACUUCAGAGGAUUCUAACAGUGAUGUGGAGACUGGAGAAAAAGAGAAUGAAGACCUCUCAAAUGAUGGAGGAAGUGAUGGCACUCCAAAGAAAGGCAAAGGGGUGAAAUCAUUGAAUAGGAGAAUCAAAAGAACCAAUGCUGCAGUGGAUGACCCUGAGGAAAAUUUGGCUUCUGACAGUCAGUCACCAGAUGACAGCAGGUUAAAGGAAUCUGAUGCAUCAGAGAACAUAAGCAAGAGUCCUGCCAUUAAACCGGCCCAGCUCACGGGUCGACAGCAAAGACCCAUCCCGAACCUUGGCCACAGGUGGGGGAAAAGGUGCCCUGAAAGAGGUGCCUCAGCCAGGGAGGAGAGUAGAAAGGACAAGUCCCCCAAGGUGACCUCGAUACAAGAAAGGGAGAAGACACUGUCCACUCUUCUCCAUGAAUUGGAAGACUUGGAAGAAGAACCUGACCUCACUACUGUUCAAGAACAGAUAUUCAAUAAACCAACUAGGUCGGGACGGAUCCCUAAACUCUCUCAGCAUGUGAUACAGGCAACGGCAGAGGAAGAAGACGACGAGGAAGAACUCUCAGAUCUGCCUGUGUCUUCCAAAGUUCGUGGUCAAGGCCUUCAUGCUCCCAGCCAGAGGGCCAAAUUAAAACGGGGCCCAAGCUUGAAAAAGGGCAUGCAGAGGAGAGGGAAAUCAAGACUGGUGACUCUACGGGCCUUUGGAACUGAAGUGGGUGAGGAGGAAGAAGAUGGUGUUAUCCUGAGCCAGGAGGACUUUUCAUCAAACCCUGAAGAUGAAAACCAGGCCUUUGUGCCAAUGAGUCUUCGCCAACCAUCAGAAGUUAAUUCAGAAGUGGUAGAAACCAUGGAAGAGCUGGACAUCUCUGUGAACGUGCCUGAUAUCCUGGGCACAUCGCAGAAUGCUUUAUGCCAUGAGUUGUCAUGUGAGCAGUCUGUAAUGCCUGCUGGUUCUGUCCCUUGUGAACAUCAACUGGAUCUGCUCGUUGAUGUCAUUGAGUUCCUUGACCCAGAUCACAUGGAAGUGUGUAAGGAGAUUAACAAUGAGGCAGCCCAAACUCUUUUGGCCAUCGGGAACUCUGCUCAGAUUAUCCAGGCAGUAGAAAUAGCCUGCACAGGUGAAAAUGAAAUAGUUGAGCAGUCAUCAAGCCUUGUUGAUGAGGAAGUCGUCCAACAUGAAGUAGUUGUCACAGACAUGGUUGACGAGCUCAGAGCUAAUGCCUCAGAAAUUAUGUUGGGCCCGUUUAUAAGUUGCGAAUCAGAAACAAAAGGUGACCUUGACCUUUCCACCUCUGGGAAUAGUAUGCCAGAACCUUCUAUAGACGACACCAUCCCAAUACAGGAGCCAAUCAAAUCACAGAUAUCUGAUGCUUUUCAUGGUCCCAGCCAACAUGAAACGCAGAACUUGGCUUGUUCCACCAGUGUUCCACCAUCUAGAAGGGGCCGUUUCUCUAAACCCAAACCCAAUAUUGGCCAAGAUUUGAGAAGCAGACGAGCACAGCAGCUGCAGCAAGUCACUCCAGAUCAUGUCACUGAUUCUUUGGAGAACUCUAGUGGUCCAUCUUCCAUGGAACAGAAUAAAAAUACAACAGAACCUAUUCAAGAAGAUUCUGGCACUGUGGAUCACUCGCCACAAGACUCUCCUACAGUCCACCCUGAGGUAAUACUGUCGGGUACAUUGUCUGAAACGAGAGAGGAAAGUUCCAAAGUUGUCCCUGAAAGAGUGGCUGAAGAUGAUAACGGAUCUGUCUCAUCUCUGAAAAGAAAGAGUGAUGAUGUAGCCACAGAGGAAAGUGUGAUAAAAGAUAGAAAAGAACUUGAAGAUGAUCUAAGGUCAGACCCACAGCUGACAAACAGUGUAAGUGUGUCUCAUGGCAUAUCAGAUGAGGCCUCUAAACCUGUCAGGAGGUUCCGUGGACCUAAACCUAAACCGAACCUGGCUCGUACAUCCAGACCCACAUGCACUCAGACCCAACAGAGCACACUAUCAACAACAGUAGUUACAAAAGGGACACUGCCUGCUGUAGACUUUUCCACAAGCACUUUCACUGACACUAAAAUCCCUGAAGAGGGUGCUGUACUUGCUAAAGCAUCUGAUGUUUUCCAAAAUAAAGUUCAACAAGAAAUAGAUGGAGGGAAAGCUGAAUCUGUAGAGGAAAUCAAAGAUGUUCCUUUGCAAGUUGCUUCUGAAAUUGAGUCCAAAGAAAACACUGUGGCCAUGUCGGAGGAAAACACUAUGAGAAUUUCAGUAAAACAUCCUGGAUGUGUAUCAGUGGACACAUCUGCUGACCCCACCCCUGAUGAACCUAUCUUUAUACUCUCUCUCACUGAAAUCCCACCCACAUUAGAUAAGGAGGCGGGCUUUGGGACUGAGCCCCUCACACCUACUGAUACUCAAAGCACUAAUGAAAUGGUGAAACAGAGCAGGGAAGUAUAUCAUCUUCUGAUCACAGAUGCUUUAGUUCCUGUGUCCGAGGAAGAGGAAAAGGAAAUAGAGACAAAAGGAGGUGGGGACGGGAACACAACAAAGACAGGAGAAUUGAAACGCAAGACACCAGUUUCAAGAUCUCAUGGGAUUGUCAAAGCAGAAAGCCAGGCAGAACAUCAUGUGGAAGUAUUGGAAAGGCCUGUGGCAGAGCGGAGUGAUGAAGAGAAGGAACAUCCGGAGAAGACAGAAAAACUACCUGAGAGAUCCUGGAGAGCAAAGCUGCACGUUAAACCCAACCCGGUUUCAAGAAGAAAUGCUCGAGGCGCCCAUGCUAAAGAGGACACACCAGAACUCUCUAUAAAAGAGACUACCUCACUUCCCAUUUCACCACAAGAGACAAUAUCAGUGCCAGAUAAAACUGUACAAGCUCCCAUUUCAACAACAUCAGCCAUCGCCUCAGACAGAGAGAUGGCCAGAGGUCUUUCAUCAUCCAUUGAUAAUCCAGCACUCCCAACACUGACUCCUCCUGAGUCUUCCUCAGAUGUGAUUGAUUCACCUCAGCUUGUAAAUCAAGAAGAUACCUCUAAAGAGUCUGCCCAGGAAGGCUCCUCCCAACACAUUAUGGGACAGGUGGACCUCCCGGGCAAAGUCACAGUUGAAUUCGCUGAGAUAGAGGCUAGUGGGUCAGGGACAGACUCACAAAGUGUCAAACAAAUCACUCCUGUUGCAACAACUGAGGCACUUGCAAGACCUGGUAGAAGACCCAAAGGCUUCCUGUCCUUUAUUUCCUCCAAGAACACCCAAGGGCCCCCAGCAGCUCCACGAGUGGCCAAGCCAGGCCCCCAGAAACCAAGAGUCAACACUGCAUGCCCCGGGAGGAAACGGAUAGCGACCAGCCCUCUUGCAGCAGCAACAAACCCUGGAGUAAAACGACCCUCACCAACUCCUACUUCGUCCAUUGCAUCUGCCAAUGAGCAGAACUCAGAGGAAGAACCUACCAGUGUCACAAAGUACUUUUUCAGUGAUAUCUUUACUGAGGUUGAUGAACUAGAAGACAAGGAUUGAGGCCAGAGGUUGAAAGAAGGACCCAGACACAACCAACCAAAAAUGUUGUAAAAUAUUGUCUGUUGACUUGAACUAUCAGAAGGACCACAACCGAAGAGAUACAGCAAAAAUGCCUUGACACCUCAUGUCAAGGAUCAGACUUGCUCUUGGUUUAAGCACUGUCAAAACAUUAAUAGGGUCUAACAGACAUUUUAAUUUUUAAGGAUAAAUAAUUUUAUUUUCAAAGUAUUCAAAUUGUGGUAAAGCAUUGCUCCAAAUAUAUUUCUGAUGCAGUUGCACUGCACCCAAUGUCAGGUUGUAAAAAGAUUCAUGUUUGAUCUCAGCAUAACUGUGAAUUGUACAGUUUUUUUUACUCGGUCACGAAUCAGCACCAAGCUUUCAUCUCUGGAAAUAUUGUAUUUGAUCAGUUCCUUUAUUAUUGCUUUUUUAUUAUAUAUAAUGCUAUAAUAUUGCUUUUCAUUCUUUUCCAAAUUUUAAACUAUAAUAAUAUUUUUCAACUUUAUAAACUUUAAAAAGCAGUUUUAAAACAAACCGACAUUAUAAUAAACUCUGUACCAUGCUGUCUAUGCGCAUUACGUUUUAGCUUGUUUCUGCCAUUUUGACAGCAUUUUAUCAUGGAUGCGUUUUGCCACCAAGCUUAACCUUUUAUUCAGUGUUAUGCUUUCAUAUUUGUUCACAAAUGUUCACAAGCAAAUGUUUUUACCUAUGUAUUUGUAAAUAUGUGAAUAAAA